UGAUCACCGUAUAUCCUUCUCUCUGAACGAUCUCCACUGAUGCCAUUUCUUUCCUUUUGUUAUCAUUAUUAUUUGUGACGAGCGAGCAUAUUUCUGAACCACAUUCCAGCAGCAGCAGCUCUGGUUUUUGGGAGUUUAUUCCUUGCGUAACAUAAUCUUGGUGUGUCUGCCCCUCCUUGUUCCUGCGAGCCGAGGGAGCAGCCGCGACACCAUCCACCCCCAUCGCCUUCCUCCCUCCUCCUUUUCUUCCGUCAUUCUGCACGGACAGCCGAGCUGAGCGCGGCUCGCCUCGUYAUGUUUACGAAGCGCGGCGUGGAGAAAACCACCGCCGUCCCACUGGAAUGAUCCGACACGGAAUCCCCCUCCCUCCCUCGCCUCCAUCCCCUGCCGGACCCGGACUUGGACCUGUGCGUAAAAACGCGAGACGGCAUCAGCCAGAUACCCGCUGUGCGGUGAUUUGAUCAGAGGAUCGUCUCCUCUUCUUCUUUUUCUCCUGCACGACGCUCCCCAUUACAUACGGAGAUAAUCCAUCUCUUUUUGAAAAAAAUAAAAACUAAACAAAACAAACAACAACAAAAGAAAACAGCUCCUGUUGGAAUUCUAGAGGAGCAGGGACGUAAAGAAGAGCAUGGAGGCCCUGCUGUCUGUGCUGAAGAGCCACCCGGGCSCCGGGGUGCUGGUCUGCUCUCUGCUGUUCAGGGUGGCCCACCAGCUGCUGCAGAGGCUGCCCGUCCCCACGGUGGUCCGUCAGGACGCCUUCCGCUCCUGGAAGUGGAAGAACCUGUCCCUGUCAAUGGUGCACUCGGUGCUGACUGGGACCUGGGCUCUGACCUGCGCGGUGAUCUGGCCCGAGACGCUCAGCAACAUCCACAAGUUUCACACCUCUCUGUCCUACCUGCUCAUCUGCGUCUCCACAGGUUACUUUGUGCACGAUGCAGGCGAUAUCAUUCUGACRGGACACGGCAGAGGAUCAUGGGAGUUCCUACUCCAUCACGCGAUGGUGAUCUGGUGUUUCCUGUACGCCCUCUACACCCAGCUCUUCAUUGCCGGUGCUUUGAUCGCCCUCUUCGUGGAGGUCAACAGCAUCACCCUGCACUUGCGGCUGAUGCUGAGGCUGGCCAACGCUCAGUCCUCCUCCAUGUACCACAUCAACAAAAUCGCCAACCUCUUCACCUACGUCAUGUUUCGCCUCGGCACCCAGUUCUACCUCACCUGGUACAUCGUCCACAACUACUCCUGGCUGGACCAUGGCGGAUACUUCCUCGUCACCAUCAUGAUGAUGAAUAUCAUGAUGGUGAUCUAUUUCUAUCGUUUGCUCCGCACGGACUUCUUUCCCCGAAGCAAGAGGUACGUGGGACAGAACGGCACGCACAACAACAACUCCAAGAAGUUUCUCAGCGACUGACCAGGGGGAGUGGCUCACUGGACUACCCCAUGUAUUUAAUGUAAGACUGAAAGUUUACAGAUUUUUUUGUGUUUUCAUACUAACAUAUGCUUGUGAUACCAGAUUCACUGCCAAAGAAUAAGCUCCCCAAAACACGUAGACUUUUUCGGGUGCUGCUUUUUCACAGAAAUUUUAAAGUAGGAAAUUUUAACUAAAUUCAACAGAAGUCUAAGUGAAAACUGACAAAUCCUUGAAAUUGUACAAGUUUUGGCGUAAUGGACAAUGUUUUAUUCGCUGAAAUACCUAGAAGGUUUCUUCGAUGUUUUGUAAAAAUGUGAUCAGCAUUUCUCUUGAUCACUUUUCAACUGAAGGUUAAAAUGUAAGUUUGGAAGGACUCAAGCUUUGGGCCUUUAGACCAAUUUUUUUGACCAUCUCAUAUAAAGCAUAAAGUAACUACAUAAUAAAAUAUACAGAGUCGACUGGGUAGUGAUAGCAAUGAGUGGGAUUUAAUAUUAAAUUCUGUAUCAAACUGUGUAUAAGCACUGUGUGCUAAUAAUUUGCAUGGAUACAUAAGAAGUAGGGGAAGCUUGGCUUUAUGGAAUGUGAUUCUUAAAUUGACAUACUCAACAUUAAUGGAAAGAUAAUAACAAGCAGUGUGAAGUAAAUAGAUUUUGGUCUGUUUUGUUUUCUUGUGAGCAGUGAUUCUUUUUAAAAAGUGAUCCACUAACGGUUAUGAAGAAGUGACAAAAACCACCUUUAAAGUUAUUGAUUGUUUGAUAAUGUAAUGCUUGUAAAAUGCAUUCAUUAGUCUUAUUUAACAAUGAAAAGAAUGAUGACCAUCCCAUGUCUGUAAGCUAAAUAUAAAGAAUAUGCCACAGAUCUUUCCUUUGUACUAAUAUUAAAGCUGGGACUAGUUGGGAUGACAGCAAUAGAAUAAGAAUACAAACAACUUGUACCGCCUAGUUUUCAAUGGAAACAUACCAACGAGAGAAAACAAAUUAAUAAAAAUGAAUUAUGUUAAGUAAUGAGCUUUAGAGAUGUCCAUAAAUGUUGCCAGUUUGCCCUCUCAACAAUUAAUUUGUCUGCUAUUCUAGGGUUUGUAGGAGUAUUUUAAUAUUUAAAAUCAAAUCUAAACAGUUAAAAUGUUAGAAAUACCUUGUUUACACAGUUGUAUAUUAGGGAUAUUAAUGUUGAAGUUCUGUGACACUCAAGUAUUGCUCAAAACAUAAAAAGUGGCCCUAACAACUUCGACCUGAGUGACUAUUGUAGCCUAUCAGUGAGUGAAUGAAACGCAGUUAGCAUAGCCCACAUGAGAUUACAGAAUUAAUGGUUGUUAACUUUAAAAAAAAUCCAAUUAUUGAUUUUAUAAUAAUCUUUGUUUUAAUUUUAAUAAAAGUGUUGCAUUCCUGACAUUUUUUUUCUUAUUCAUUCCCAGCCUAAAUGCUACAAGCUAGCUGCCUAUUUAGCUUACAAACAUGAGAAUGGUACUGAUAGUUUCAUUAAAAUCUCUCUCGACAUCAACAUUUUAUUAUAACUAAAGCAAAAAAAAGAAAAGAAAAGAAAAGAAAAAGGAAGUUAAAUACAUUUAAGUACAGUUACAAUUUACCUUCAUGGGUGCCAGGUGGAUUUUCUUAUUUAAUGUGAUGUUGCUAAUGUUUUGAGUCAGGUUGACUGUUGUCUGCUACUUUAAAUGGGCACUGGAUACAAACGAGGUACUGAAAUUAUUUGUAACUUUCUAUUAUUUGCUGCCAGAAUGCUAACAUCUUGUGGUAAUGUUACACUUGUCCAUUGAAGUAUAUGUUAAGAAUAKUUCAGUAUGUAUUUGAAAUGGGUAAUCGCGUUUCGUCUAUUGCUUUUUGUACAGCACACUCACUAUAUGGUAUGUUGCAAUAUAUUUUACAUCUGCAUGGGGAAAAGUGUUUUUUUUUGUAGGGGUUUUUGACUAAUGUUGACACUUGGAAUUUUCUGAAUUUGCAUUUUAAUAUUGUAUAAUUAUGUGAACCAAUCCCUCUGUCUCUAUGAAGCCAUGUCUCCAGGUAUGGCUGAAGAGAUGCUGGAGYGGACAGAGUUGUUCAUGACCAAUUGAACUGCUAACGUGCUAUGAUGCAUGAUUAUUUUUGGUCCUUCUUUGACUCUUUGAUCAAAUCUGUUUCUUUCUGACUCCAGUGGAGCUGAAACCGGAUCUUUCUGCCAUCUGUUCACAAGGAACAAUAACCCUGAAAAUAAUCCUUCACACCGAGCAGGCAGCAGCACAAUCGUGUGGUCAGACACUGUGUAUCUCUUUUGCUGGUUUGGUUAAUAGCGACACUUUGGAGAUGAUCAACGUAUAAAUAUUGAACCUGAUUGACAUAUGUCUCUUUCUCUUAUUUCCUCAGAAAUGGAUGUAAAACACUUUGUAAAUAUUUGUCCUCAAGUGCACAUUCCUUUAGAUCUUUUUGUUUUUUUCAUUUUUAAAGAUGUACGUGUUUGUUGGCUCUAAGUGGACUUGAUCAUUCCAUAAGUCAUAACUGCUGAUGACAGUAAAAUUUUACUGACAAGUUUAUUCCUCAGACACAACAUUAGACGCCCUCCAGUCUUCCUCGUUGAAGACUGGAGGUCAGUCUUGCUCCAUGGAAGACUGGAGAGAAACAUGGACAAGUUUGUACCCUGAGACAUUAGCAAUAUAACCUUUGAUUUAUUUCCRAAAAGGCAUGAGGACAUUGCAAGUGCUAAAUCAUCAGGGCAUAACAAAACAAGCCCCCUCUAACUCUCUUUACCAAUAGUUAAUAGUCAUAAUGUUGUGGCUGAUYGAUGUAAACUUCAUUUUAUAUUUCAACCACCGCCAAGAAAAAAGGCAUAGACGGAGCUGAUGUGCGCCUGACCUUUGCUGUUGUGCCUUCGCACCAAAGUGCCUUUUGAACAUAAGCAGAGACUACAAUAACUCUGAGUUUCCCUCACAAUGAAGGGAAGGCGUUACAACAGUUAUUUCAAUUGAUCAUGAGCACAAUAAUCUAAAUGACUCUUGUAUURAAAGUGUCUUUCGAAUCAUUGAGUGAAUAAAAAAGCGUUUAAUAUCA